GGCCACGUACGUAAGUCGAUGCCUGAUGGCCGAAUAAUCGCUGCUUUGUGUUAAUGUAAGGGAGCAAGAAGAGCGUGUACAUUCGACGGUAAAGGAAUGCCAGUACUGAAUACUCAAAACGGGGUUCUUAACUUUCUCCUUCGCUGGGCGAAAUUUUGUUGUCAUGGGAGAACUUUUUCUACACUCGACAAAAGAACGAUAAGAUCUUCUCACACAAACAGCGCAAAUGGAAUUGCGUUUCGAUCCGAAUUGAAAAGAAAAGCAAAAAGGGUUGUGGUUAAGCUUGGAUCAGCUGUUAUCACUGGAGAUGACGAAUGCGGUGUUGCUCUCGGAAGACUUGCCUCUAUCGUUGAACAAGUGUCUGAGUUACAGAAUAGUGGAAGGCAAAUGCUUCUGGUCACAAGUGGUGCUGUAGCUUUUGGCAAACAGAAACUUAGACAUGAGAUACUUCUCUCUCAGAGUGUACGUCAAACACUCAAGCCACAAGAUGUCCUGAAGUCAAGGCCUUACAUUGAACCAAGAGCAUGUGCUGCUGUAGGACAGGGAGGAUUGUUAUCACUCUAUGAAGCUAUGUUUCAGCAGUAUGGCCUGACAUGUGGACAGAAAAGAUUCAAUUCUCGUUGUUUUCAUCAGGUGAUAAGUGUAAAGGACAAUGAUAGUUUAUCUUCCUUGCUAUCAGUGGAACUGAAGGCAAAUUUACUGCUGAUAUUAUCAGAUGUACAGGGCAUUUAUAGCGGCCCUCCCGACCUGCCUGAGUCCCGCCUUCUAGACACUUUCAGGCCAGCGGACGUCAGUAAUAUCGAAUUUGGAGAAAAGUCACGUGUUGGCAGAGGAGGCAUGGAGUCUAAAGUGAAGGCUGCAGCCUGGGCACUAGAGAGAGGUACGAGUGUUGUUAUAGCUAAUGGUACCGGAAGUGAUUACGUCAUUCGUCAAGUUCUGGAUGGCCGAAAGGUUGGAACAUUCUUCACUAUGGUCGACGAACCAGGGCCAUCUGUAGAGAAUCAGGCUGCGGCAGGUACGUCAGAAUGCACCUCACGGGCCAGAAUCAUUUACAAGUUAGCCGCCCUUCUUAUCGAACGCAAAGAUCAAAUUCUAGAUGCUAACUCCAAAGAUCUGGAGCAUGCUCGGUUUGAGGGACGCCUAAGUGCCCCUAUGAUGGCCAGGUUACUUUUGACACCGUCCAAACUUGAGAACCUUGCUCAGGGUCUGAGACAGAUUGCGGAUUCCUCGCACAACAUCCUGGGUCGUGUGCUAAAACGAACCAAAAUCGCUCAUGGUUUAGAGCUGAAACAAGAAACUGUUCCAAUUGGAGUGCUUCUCGUGAUUUUUGAAUCUCGCCCAGAUGCUCUAGUGCAGGUCGCCUCUUUAGCCAUCAGCACAGGCAAUGGUUUGCUUCUCAAGGGCGGUAAAGAAGCUUAUCACAGCAACAGAUGUCUUCACAGUCUUGUUGCAGAGGCUUUGUCGAUGUACGUUCCCCCGGAAGCUGUUAGUUUGGUCAGUACUCGAGAAGAGGUAAAUGAUCUUCUUCAGUUGGACAAAUAUCUGGAUUUAAUCAUCCCUCGAGGCUCCAGCGAGAUGAUUGAGCGCAUUCAAACAGAGAGCAAAGGAAUUCCUGUUCUUGGGCAUGCUGAGGGAAUUUGCCACGUGUAUGUCGACAAAGAUGCAGAUCUUGAAAUGGCCACAAAGAUUGGUAGGGAUUAUAACCUCAAAGAGAACCCAUCCGCGCAAGAUGCAUUAAGGUUUACGUUGCCCCGAUUACUGAAAGCCCCCUAUCAAAAUAUUUUAUUCUUAGAAGAGACUGCUGAUCACUUUCUGAAAGCUGUGGAUAGUGCGUGUGUCUUCCAUAACACAAGCACUAGAUUUUCGGAUGGGUAUCGCUUUGGCCUUGGUGCUGAAGUAGGUAUCAGCACGGGUCGUAUCCACGCCCGGGGUCCUGUGGGUGUGGAAGGAUUACUGACCACCAGAUGGGUAAUGACUGGCCAGGGACACACAGUGGCUGACUUUGCUGAUGGAGGCCUGCUCAAGUAUCUUCACGAGACCCUCCCGAUUGAAGACACUCCUCAAGAUUCUACUGACGAAGAAACGACUUCGGACAAUGGCGACAGCGAAGUGAUGCAGAAAUAAUUACUUAAGCGAAGCAUGUG